UCCUGAACCUCUUGACACGAAGGCAAAACGAAUAUUCGAUGUCUUUUCUAGAGCCGAUGUGGAAGUCCUCGAGCUUCGGUACUUUUAGGGUCACUGCUGAUUCUAGAACUCUGUCCAGAGAACGAGCUACGGUAGUGUACGAUCUGGAAUCGUCCUCUGGGUCUGAAUCUAUAUUCGUACUGAGCAUAGAAUGUGUGAUCUGUCUAGGGUUAAUUGUGGAAGCUUUUGUAUGAUAAGUCGACGGCUGGCUAGCUGUCUCCGCCAA